AAGUCCCUACACAUGUCGACACCUGGCUGCUUCCGGAAGCUGAAUUUUAACAGCAAGUUAGCUCUUACACAGUCUAUGGUUAGCUCCCGGCUGCCAGUGACUCUGAUACUAGUAAUCUGUUUACCAUGGACACAACUUUCUACUGAACAACCCCGGUAUUAACAAGGACACUUCAACAAUCACGGCUUCCGUCCCUCUCUGUCCUCCCCUGCGUGUCUUCGUUUCGAUGGCAUUUUACUGUUAUCCCUCAAAGGAAGAGAGUCAAUUUGUGCAUAAAGUCAAGGAUGAGCUCGACACAUACCAGCAGAAGAGCAACCGCAAGAGGGUGCUCCUGUUCCCCCCUCUACCCAGCAGACUGCGGUAUCUGAUCCACAUGACUAUCGAGGACCUGCCUGAGCUCACAACCUUCUCAGUAGGGGAGAGCUGGUGCCGUCGAGUGGUGGUCUGCUAUUCAGAGCUCAGGGGUGCGGUGGAGGAAGACAGUGACCUGGAAAGCAACAAUAGUCCCAGUGAAAUGCAGAGUGAUGUAAAGCCUAAACCUUCAAUCACACCACGAGGCAGAGGACCUAGGAGGCCAGACAAACCACUUUACAUGCCAAGAGCCGCCCGCCAGAGACUGUCUUUACAAAACCCUCUGGGACCUUCAGGGGACCAAGAGCUGCACAGUCUAGCUUCAAGUAGCUGUAGCAGCAUUAGCAGCUUGUCUGACUCUUGCUCCAGGCCUGAAACUACAAAAAAGUCUUCAUCCACACCCGGACAGGAAACUUCACAGGAGGGUGCUCGCAGUCAUGUUGCUGACAGUUUAGAGCUUUGUCCGCAGGUGCUGCAAACGCUUCAAGAUGCUGAGCCUCUUGUGUGGGACCAGACUGUGUCCUGCUUUGCUGACAUGUCUCUGGAGGAGGAUGAGGACACUGAGGAUCUUGCUAGUUUGAUCAAGGCACAUUUAAAAGAGGAAGUCCUUUUUUCCACUGAGCACACUCAGAAUGACUACUCCUUGUAUGAGAAUGUGUAUUUAAACCCGGAGGAGUUCCGCCAUGUGAUCGAGAUCUAUAACUUCCCGGCUAUGUUCAAAACAGAAGACCUCCUGGAUGCUUUUACAGAGUUCAGUGACGGUGGAAUGAAGAUCAAGUGGAUCGAUGACACACAUGCACUGGGAGUUUUCUCCAGUGAGUCGGCAGCACUUCAGGCCCUUUCCAUCUCCCAUCCGCUGCUGAAAGCCCGAGCUCUAGCUAAAGGGAGUAAAAAAGCCAAAGGAAAGGCCUUCAGACAUGCAGAAUUUAUCCAGCCAGUGAAGGAACGGCCCAGGACCGACUGUGCUGUGGCCCAGAGGAUGGUGACCAGAGCCUUAGGGCUGCGAGGACGAGGCAGAGUGCAGAGAUACUGAAGGGGAGAGCAAACUCUGUUGGCUAAAGCAGACAUCGCAACAGAGAUCCAAGCAGAGGUCUGCCUUCGCUCACUGCCCCCCUGAGAGGCUCCACUGGUGCUACAAGCACCUGGCUAUGUUCUGGCUAGUGCUGUUCUCUUGAUCAGAAGAGCAGGGACUGUGAAGAUAAGCAACACCAACCCUGCUGUAGUUUCCCUGAGCCAGCCUCAAAGCUGCUGUUUGUUUGUGUUAAAUGACCCUUUGGACACUUUAAAUGUUCACUGUUUGGAUCACCAAUUAUAAAACAAUGGUGCACCAGUGUUAGGCAGUGGUGGGAAUUGGAGUUUUAGGCUGAUUGCAUGUUGCCUUGAAAGGUGUUUUGUGGGUGUUCCAGGCAGGUAGGUUUUUGUUUCUUCCUUGCACAGGUGAAGCAGGAUUGGUAUCAUAAAUCUGUGCAAGUAGUACUUCCUUUAUAACUGUAAGGACCAGUUUGUUAGGGGGUCUAUUGAUAAUGAUGAUUACAAAUUUCUACAAAUAUUUUUAUUAUUUUAUGGUAUUUGUUCAGUUUAUUUUUGGCCUAUUAUGCCUUUUAUUGAGAGGACAGGACUGUGGAUAAAGUAGAAAAGUGGGCAGUGAGAUGUUUCAAAGGGCCGCUGGUUCCUAUCAAACCUGUGGCACACAUGUUGAAGACUACAGCUUCUGCACAUGGGGCACACAAUUAAACUAUGGUGCCCUAACUGUUGUGUUUUUGUUAUCUUUGAACAAGCCCUUUUUUAUCAAGUGGCUCCUCUUAAGGAGACCAUCUUUUUGCACUGUUAUGUACAUACAGUAGCCCAAAAGGGACAAAACAAAAUCUAGCUCAGUAGAGGGUCUUUUGUAUUCUUUGUGAAUUUAGCUGCCCUGAUGUUAGGGAAGUGGUUGUAAUAUGCACCCUCACCACUAGAUGACACUAAAUCCUGCACAUACUGGUUCUUAGUUUUAUAUUCCUCCUUUGGUUAACUCUCAGGAUUUGCUUAGAGAUGUCUAUUACUUUGUGCGCUGUAGUCACAACGUGGUUUUUAAAGGGAGUCAACUCCAGCUGACAGAUGUAAUGUAGUUAUAUAAACAGAAUCCGAUCUGUUAAAAAGAUAAAGUAUAGUUUUGUAAAGCUAUUGUUUGACUUGAGAGACAGUUUACAGUGUUGUUGUACUGGUCUUAGAAGAACUUUUAAAAUGUUUUUGUUUUUUUCAUUUUUGUAAACAAGUUCAAGAUGUUAAGUUAUUUUUAAAACAUGUUUUCUCUAACUAACACAAAGUGAGCUUCUUCUGGUUGCCUUCAAGGCAAAGUGUUCUAUUUCUUUCUUAUUUCACGUUUCUGAUAAAGUCAAAUUUGUGUUUUGGAAAUCUGGGUUACUGUAAAGUCAUUUUUCAGUCACUUUGUCAUUGACUAACACCAGUCUUACCUCUGAGAGAGGAGAGUGACCUACAAAGAGAAGUGUAUAUGUUCUAUUAAAGCUGGGGUUGGUAAUCAGAUUUAGAUACACUUUUUGUUAUACUGGUUAAAAUGAUCUUUAUGUCCUGAUGGCAAUCAAUACAUAAUGUGCUCUUAAAAAAGAGUGAAAAAAGCUGCUAUCUACAGCCGGAGUAAACCUGGGAAAACGCCAACAAAUCAGCCUUUUUUGGGUGCCAAAAUUUUAAACCAUUGAAAUCCCGUCCUGCUGUUCUGCCCGCCUCCUGCGCGUACAUUUCCCCGGUGUGCACUUCGAGUCCCCGUCUCCUGCCUCUGCUUCCCCUGACUCUAUUUACUGCCCCUCUCGCUCGACCUCGGGCCUGUCCCCUCUGACCCGAUGAGGUGCUUUGCUCAGGACUGUAGUCCGGAUCAGUGUCUAAAAAGCUCUCACCAGGGGGGCUCUGACAAGCAGAAGAAUGAAUGACAUUUACUAAGUCCUACAGAAAUGUAGAUGUAUUGUAGCGUCUGUCCGACGCUGUAGGGAUGACGAGCCGAUUUGUGAACACGUUGAGUUUUAAUAACCGGUCAUUGUCGGCCGUGAACACGCCAACCAAAAAAGCAACAAUCAAUGUUUGAAUGAAUGAAGAACUUCUCCUCUUGUCUCUCCUCUCUCCCGCUCGCACACUCUACACCUCUCCUGAUGCCUUCACUGACUGUCAACACUGUAGGAAUUAAGAACAUCUACACUGAACACGUUUAACAAACAGGAUUACAGUAUUAUAUGUGUUAUAACUUUUCUCCUGAUAUCGUGUCACCGGUACAACUGGAUACUGCUAGAAUGACCGUUGUAAGUACUAAGAGCAGCCAUAUUUAUUUGUGUUUUUAACUUUCACUAUGAUAAUAUUUUGGUGAGGACAGGUUUUGAAUCAGUCACCAUCAUAUGGUCGCAAGUCAGCGACGCUCGUGCAUUUGAGCGGGGGGGGGGGGGGGGUCGUUUUGGAGGAGCUCUGAGGGAGGAGAGGAGGGGUUAGACGGAGUCCUGAGGAAAUGCUACAUUCAAAUUCAUGCUAGUUUUCCGAGACUGCCAACCCCAGCUUUAAGUCAAGAAGUAGAGUAUUUUAAUAGUCAUGUUGAAAUAAGAUAUUUUCCUGAAAUUAACUUGUGUGUGGGUUUGAUGUGAGAGUGAAAGGACUGUGGUUAUUGUAAACUGAACUGCAUUCAUUGAAGAAUUUCAGGGAACAGAAGACUCAACAGUAACAUUAAGCACGGAUCUGUCCAAUAAAAAGUCUAACUUUUUGUUUGUACUUAAUUCAUUGUGUAAAUAAAGUUACAGUGUUGUAAAAGAUUAAUAAAAGAAUCACUGCAAUCAGUAA